UGGAAACAUGGCGGCAAAUAAGUGCAGAAGUCUGUGGUAUUUGCUUUGCAAGAGAGGCAUUUCCUUGAAGAAUGGUGUCACUGGCUGCAGCAGAGGUUAUUUCGCCUUUUCGGUGCCGCUGCAGUGCUCCAGGCAGACUCACUCCAAUGUCUCUAGCAGGAAGAUUAAUUCAUUAAAGCCAGAUAUAAGUUCAUUAGCUGGAGCGAGAUCAUAUAAAGAGCUGUAUGAACUAUCAGUGAAAGAUCCGGAAACUUUCUGGAGAUCUGUUGCAAAAGAAAAGUUACACUGGAGCAAGCCUUUCAGUCGGGUUUCAGACUGCGAUAUCACGCAGGGCAGAAUCAGUUGGUUUCUUGAAGGACAGCUCAAUGUUUCUGUCAACUGUUUGGACCCGCAUGCCCAGACGAGUCCUGACAGAGUGGCUUUGAUCUGGGAGAGAGAUGAGCCCGGCACCGAACUGAAAAUUACCUACAGGGAACUUCUGGGGAUAACCUGCCAACUGGCCAACACUUUGAAGAGAUAUGGGGUGCAGAGAGGGGACAGAGUUGCCAUCUAUAUGCCAGUUUCGCCUCUGGCUGUGGCCGCGAUGCUGGCAUGUGCCAGGAUAGGCGCAGCGCACAUGGUGGUCUUCGCUGGCUUCAGCGCGGAAGCUCUGGCCGGAAGAAUCCAGGAUGCUCAGUGCAAGGCUGUCAUUACCUGUAACCAGGGCCUGAGAGGUGGCCGUGUGGUAGAGCUGAAGAAGACAGUGGAUACAGCUGUGAAGAGCUGCCCCACAGUCAGACAUGUGUUUGUGGCCCAGAGGACAGAUGCCAAGGUCCCAAUGGGCAACCUCGACAUACCGCUUGAGGAGGAAAUGGCUAAGGAGCUGCCUGAGUGUCCGCCUGAGGCCCUGGACAGUGAAGACAUGCUCUUCCUGCUGUACACCUCUGGAAGCACAGGCAAGCCCAAAGGAAUUGUUCACACCCAGGCCGGCUAUCUGCUGUAUGCUGCCCUGACACACCAGUAUGUAUUUGACUACCAGGAGGGAGAUAUCUUCGGCUGUGUGGCAGACAUAGGCUGGAUCACUGGGCACAGUUACGUGGUGUAUGGCCCACUUUGCAAUGGUGCCACCACCGUGUUGUUUGAAAGCACACCUAUAUACCCAGACCCUGGCCGGUACUGGGAGACUGUGGAACGGUUAAGGAUUAACCAGUUCUAUGGAGCCCCCACAGCCAUCAGGCUCCUGCUGAAGUAUGGGGAUAACUGGGUGAAGAAGUACGACCGAUCCUCCUUGAAAACGCUGGGCUCAGUGGGCGAACCCAUCAAUCACGAAGCCUGGGAGUGGUUCUACAAUGUCGUUGGGGAUGGGAAGUGCCCCCUGGUGGACACAUGGUGGCAGACAGAGACAGGAGGGAUCUGCAUCGCACCUCGGCCCGCGGAGGAGGGGGCGGAGAUUCUGCCCGCCAUGGCCAUGAGGCCCUUCUUCGGUGUCCAGCCUGUACUCGUGGAUGAGAAGGGGCAGACUCUGACUGGGAAUGAUGUCUCUGGUGCACUCUGCAUUGUUCAGCCAUGGCCUGGUCUGGCACGGACCAUUUAUGGAGAUCACCAGAGAUUUGUAGACGCUUAUUUCAAACCGUAUCCAGGCCAUUAUUUUACUGGAGAUGGGGCAUACCGGUCCAAAGAAGGCUACUACCAGAUUACAGGGCGCAUGGAUGAUGUCAUCAAUAUCAGUGGCCACCGUCUCGGCACCGCAGAGAUUGAGGACGCAUUGGAUGAGCAUCCCGAAGUUCCAGAAACGGCUGUGGUGGGAAUUCCUCAUGACAUUAAAGGGGAAGCUGCCUUUGCCUUUGUGGUGUUAAAGGACAUUUCCCUCAGUCAGGCUGUGGUCAUUGAAGAACUGAAGGCCUUGGUUGCUUCAAAAAUCGCCAAGUAUGCUGUUCCUGAUGACUUUCUGAUUGUCAAACGGCUGCCCAAGACUCGAUCUGGCAAGAUCAUGAGAAGAGUGCUGAGGAAAAUAGCUCUCCGUCAGACCAGCGACCUGGGGGAUGUGACAACGCUGGAUGACCCGAGUGUGAUCGCAGAAAUCGUGGAGACUCUCACUCGACACAAGAGCCCGGGCUCUUAGGGGAGCUGAAAGCAGACAGCUGCCUCUUGGUCAUACCAGCAUGUCCCUCAGCAAACAGUACUGGCAGUGUUUCCCUGGCCAAAGACAGGACUUAGUCAUUAAAGAGACUGUGGAACUGCAGCUGUAAGUAUGGGCUCACCUGUCAAAACCCAGUUUCUGUAUCUGCAUUUCUACCCUAGAUUAAUGUCAAAGCAACCUUAAAUAUGAAUAAAAUAUAGUAUAACAAUAAAAUAAAA